AUGAUGGAUAAUAAGAAGUUAUUUUUUAUUUCGUUUCCACGUUUCAAAAUAUCAUAAUUUUCUGUUAAAGGUCCCACAGUCAGCCCACAACGCACUGGACUUCAGGUCCGCUGACUCUCAGCCUCAGUUCUUAAUCGAGGAGCCAGACUUCUGCCGAAAGCGUCCUAACCUGUCCAUUGUGGCGUACGUCCACUCCUCCAUUAGUUCCGUGAUGAAGAGAAUGGAAACCCGAACUACGUGGGCGUCUGCGGGUGUUCAUGACGAGGGUGUGAAGAUGGGCGUUGUGUUUAUGGUGGGUCAAGUGAAAAACAGUUUAGAAAGCAAAAUAAUCAGAGACGAGAGCAGACGAUUCGGCGACAUCGUACAGGGAAACUACACGGACACAUACCACCUGCUGAGCCACAAGGCGUUAGCGUCGCUACAGUGGGUGUUGAAACACUGUCCACACGUCCCCUGGACUCUCCACGCCACCACAGACAGUUUCAUCUGUUACAACUGGAAAAACGCAAUAGUCAGACGGGAUGGUCGAUGGUGCGUGCGGCCUGAGGAAUUUCCCGAUCUCAACUACCCUUCCUACUGUGCUGGAGGGGCGUGGGUUAUUGCUACACAUCUUGGGUCAUGUCUUCUCCACGCUGCAAAGACCGCCCGGUUCCUCUGGGUUGACGAUGUUUAUAUUACCGGUGUCUUAGCCCAACCCGCCGGUGUCGGACGCUCUAUGAAACAUAACAAAUACUUCAGAUUAGAGGGCAUCGACGAGGAGGAGUUGGGGGACAAAAUAUUUUGGUUUGAACCCAACAAACCUAGAAUGACGUGGUGGUUGAAACUCCUCAGCCAUUACAAGUAUUUCUCUCCUGUGUUUCCUUCGUAACUCAUUUCUGUCAGGAAAAUCCAGGUGAAAUGUCCUUCAUAUCAAUGCAUGCCUUAUCAUAGGAGUUUUUAUCAACGUUAAUUCAAUGCAAUCCUUAAAUCAUAAAAUAGUGCUACCACAAUCACAACAGCACGGUGCACACAACUGACUGGGUCUCCAUCCCACCCUGAACUUUUUAUCAUUAUUAUUACAAUACAAAUAUUAUGAAACUUAUAACUUUAAUUAACAAGGACCCGUCAUUAAUUUUGCACUAUUUGGAAACUUACUGAACUAUAACUCCAACUAUCAUUUGAUGGGGUAGGGGGCAGAGUCUUUACGCCCGACUCUUCUGGAUCCCCGGCUACGCGAAGGCCUGGAUACAAAUUUUGUAUCGUGACUGUACAGUACAGGUAAAUAUAAAACCCCUUAAAAAUGCACUCCAUUUGUUAUAGGGAAGCUGCAAAACACAAGAAUAUUCCAGGCCAAGAAACAGAUCUUGGACAUCUCAACUCGUUAAAGAAUCUUUGUUUAAUUCGUCUUCACAUUUUCGUGUUCGCCCGAGACUACCUACUGUAUGUAUGAAACUUGGUCAUUUAUAAAUGGUCGAAGCUCUGGCAGUGUAGAAAAUAUCCCGAGACGUGGUUGCGAUUAUUUAUGGCAUUUGUGUGUAUGUCACUUAAGUUUCGUGUGAUAUUAAUCCUAUAUCAGUAAUACAGGACUGAAAUAAUCACAUAAAACUUUAAAUCAUGACAAUAAAAAAAACUUUGCAAGCGA